AGGAGCUACGAUUGGCUGGAUGUAAUACGAACGACGCCACUAGAGGCGGGCCAAAGGCCGGCGCAGGCGCACGGCGUUGCGAGCCUCGGGACCCCAGUGGGAGAGACUAUGGCGCUCAACAAGAAUCACUCGGAGGGUGGCGGAGUGAUCGUCAACAACACCGAGAGCAUCCUAAUGUCCUAUGAUCAUGUGGAGCUUACGUUCAAUGACUUGAAGAAUAUGCCAGAGGCCUUCAAAGGGACCAAGAAAGGCACUGUCUACCUUACCCCAUACCGGGUCAUCUUCCUGUCUAAGGGGAAGGAUGCCAUGCAGUCCUUCAUGAUGCCGUUUUACCUGAUGAAGGACUGUGAGAUCAAGCAGCCAGUGUUUGGCGCAAACUUCAUCCAGGGGAUAGUGAGGGCUGAAGCAGGAGGUGGCUGGGAAGGCUCCACUUCCUACAAGCUGACCUUCACAGCAGGGGGCGCCAUUGAGUUUGGGCAGCGGAUGCUCCAGGUGGCAUCACAAGCCUCCAGAGGGGAAGCCCCUAAUGGAACCUACGGGUACCCUUACAUGCCCGGCGGGGCCUAUGUCUUCCCCCCGCCAGUCGCCAAUGGAAUGUACCCCUGCCCUCCUGGCUACCCCUAUCCACCGCCCCCACCCGCAGAGUUCUACCCAGGACCUCCCAUGAUGGAUGGAGCCAUGGGUUAUGUACAGCCCCCACCACCGCCCUAUCCUGGGCCUAUGGAGCCUCCAGUCAGUGGCCCUAGUGCCCCCUCCACCCCUGCAGCUGAGGCCAAGGCCGCAGAAGCAGCUGCCAGCGCCUAUUACAACCCAGGCAACCCACACAAUGUCUACAUGCCCACGAGCCAGCCUCCGCCGCCGCCCUACUACCCCCCAGAAGACAAGAAGACACAGUAGACCUUGCCCACCUCCCUGCCUCUUACUGGAUGACCCCCCCCUCCUGGGCCUCCCAUGGAGUUGCAUCUGAGACUCUGAGAGGCCAGGGAGGGAACUAGCCCUGGGCAGGGCUCCUCCCAGAGGCGCCUCCCAGCUUCCCACACUAGCUCAGCCCAAGGCACUGUUCUGUCUAGCUUCCGGCUCACCAUCUCUGGGGCUCUUGGAAGCCUGGGAUUACCCCUUGCUCCUCACUGAAAUAGCUCCUCCCCACAGAGGGACUCUCUGGCCACUCCUCCACCAUGGUCCAGCCCCCUCAGCCUGGUGGCCAUCUUACUCCAUCGUGUGGGCUCAUCAGACCAGUCCUGUGUCUCUCGUAGGGGCCCUGCCAGGCCGUGCUCACAUUCCUCCUUCCUGGGGUGUGCCCGACCCUGGAAGGCUACUGUUCCAGCAGAGGGCCAGGCCCGGCCUCCGUCACACUCACUCUGCUACGCUUGUCCUUGUUCCUUUCCUUGCCCCUGGCUUUGGGAAUUUUACCCUGAGCUUCCAGUAGCCAGUGGCAACAGAAGCGACCGAGGUAGCUGGGAGGAGCCCCUCUUGGAGUGUUCUGGGAAUAACCCCUCCCCCUUUACAAGGGGCUUUUCCACAGGAGCGGUAGAGAGUGCAUGUCUGUGCAGUCAUGACUUUGGUCUGAGAACCAGCACCUCCAACCAUGUGACCUGAACCCUGCUAUCUGCCCCUGUGUGAGCUUCAUGCCCCCUGGAUGCACUAAGAUUUGCUCUUGUUUGUUCCUGGUCUGGACACAAAAUGAGGAGAUGGUUAUUUAAAGAGAACUCCCUAUUUAUUUGACACACACACACACACACAAAAAUCCAGUUAAUAUAUUAAUGUGAAAUAAACCCUGUUUGCACCUUGA